AUGUCAUCACACACAACCAUUCCUCGCCGCCGCUUCCGCCUUUCUUGGCUUACCAUCUUCUUCUUUUUUUCGUCCGCCGCAUACGCCCUUGUCGCUGUUGACAGACGUGGAGCCAAGAUCGAAAGUCUUCAAGAAGGCUUCGAGACGCAGACUUUGGUGAUCCCUUCUUCGGACUCAGAAGUUGAAGUGUUUAGCACCACCAGCCCGGUGCCCACCGUAACUCCGAACAUGAACAGAACGGAGAUUAGGACUACAUUUUCGACUAGAAAGGUGUUGGCCGUUGUCGAUGUUACUGAGGAUGGAGAAGGUCAAGUUUUUGAGAGCAGUACCGGGACUAGGGCCGAGAGUUUGACCUCCGUUUCGUUUUCUGGGUCUGUAUCCGCCUCUGUGUCCGUGUCUCCGAGCACAACAAAGACGACCUCCUCAGGCUCCUCCGCCUGGCCCUUCACGAUCAUCCCGAAAUUAAGGGACUCAAUAAUGAAGGUACCAAAAGCGACGGCAACCGCCGCUAAAGACGGGGGCGCGGCCGACAACGACACGGGAAACCUGGGCACGGGCAACGCAGAUACGGCCAACAACGACAUGGACAACAACGACACGGUCAACGCGGAAGGAGGCCAACGAUUUGAGAGUGAGAGUGGUAAGAUACACGCAUCCCAUCAUUUUGUCUCCGUUUCUCUCUCCAUGUCUGUCUUGCAGUUUCUAACUUCACCUUCAAUAGACACAGACAUUACGCUCUCGAGAGAUAUAGUAGAGGUACCGGCUUCAGCAACCAUCACAGCAGCCGCCACAGCCGCCACAGCCAAAGCCAUCAAAACCGUCACCGUGACCCAUGGCCGUACCUCCUUCUCGACCAUCAUCGUCAAACCUGACGUUCCCACCGGCACCGACAACGACGCCGACAUCACCCCUUCUCCUCCCGAACCCACCAAAACCAUAAUCAGCAUCCGCACCCACCUCAUCACCAGUAUCAGAACCCACGCCGUCGCCGCCCCCGACGCUCCCGCCCAAACCGAAGAACAACCACAACCACAACCACCCGCUCCCGACCCCGUCGUCGUCACGGUCGUCGUGACCGCCGACACAAACCCCACCCACCAACCCCAACUAAACCCAUCCCCCUCCUCCCACCCCCUCCUGCACGCCCUCCCCCUCCCCCCUUCCCCAUCGGAAAUCACAUCCCUCUUCCACCCCCCUCAAAACCGUCUCCUAAACUGCUACCACACCGGCCGCUUCGAGUCCCGCACCGACAUGAUUAAAUCCAUCACCUCCUUCUGCCGAUACCUAUCCCGCGAAGCGCGCAACCUUACGGGGCCUCACCCUCGCCCAAGCCAUCCCCCCUUUUAUAUCCCCAAAAACCCCUACGAUACACACACCCCUCCGGAUCCCGAGGAGGACGAGUGGUGGCAGGAGGGAUUGCAACUUGAUAGGGAAGAAGCGGCUAUGCCCACGUGGCCGUUGGUCGGGUAUCGCCAACAUCAAUUUAAUUUCGUGGAUAUGGGUUUUGUUUUUCCGUAUACACAUGUGCUGGUGAGUUUGGAGGUGAAAGAGGGGUGUGAGUGGAGGUUUGAUGAACAAGAGUGUAACAAGUACUUGCGGAUUCCCGUGGAUGAGUGCCAAAGAGACACAGGGGAGCAGUUUAAAAAAGGGGGACGGUGCAAGGACGCACGGGUUAUGGGGAUUUUGACUCGCGGCCGCAUCUGGCGCCGGAUGGAGUGCAGGAUGGGAUUUGGGAGUCGGGGUGGUUGGGGGAUUUGGAACUUGCGAAGAUGGAAGAAAGAGGAGAGAGAGAAGAAAGAGUGGGGGAAAGGAUUGAGGAAAGGGGCUGAGUAG